GAACAUCCAUGUUUCCAAAAGCAGGCAGUUUACAAUUCAGCUUUGUAAGGACAUUCACAACUGGAGAAACAUGUGUGUACCGUUUAUCAACACGGAAAGCUGUUUCAGGAUGCUGGUGAUAUACUUCGCUAUCGAUACUUCUUUGAUGCUAUGGGGUGUAGCGUCUUCGUUCCAGUGCAACAGUAGCUCUAUAAGGCCCAUUACAUUGAAAGGCACUACGAUAAUUGGACGGCUAGCCGCAAGAGAAAUGUCAAUCCGUUUGGUAUCCAUGCCCCAGGUGGAUGACAGUCUUAACUAUGUGGAAGAAGAGAGCAGUAGGCAAUCCUCGGCGCAUUGUUUGGACGAUGGCUAAUACCAAAUCGAACAUAUUUGAGACGUCGGAGAAAGAAGAAGAGGAGAAUUGCGAUUGGACGAAGUUUGCUGGACGAUCGACUUGCGCUGCCGUGAUUCACUUGGCCGAUCAAUCGCAACCGGUGCCUGCCAAAAUCGUGUGGAGGAUCACGUUGGUCGUCGGCAUCGUCCUGACGGCCACCUCCACUUACUUUUCGGCCUCGUCGUUUAUGUCCUUUACGGGACAUAGCGAAAUGAUGUUGCAGACGGAACGAGAUAAUCGCAUCGAGCAUCCCCGAUACCACAUUUGCACUUCCAACACUUUUAACUUGACCAUUCUCAAAGAAAUGGGAUUCGUUGAAGCUGAGAUGAUCUCCUACUUGACGCUGAUGACGUCGCUCUUUGUCGUGUCACCUUCGCUCGUCCGGGAUGUUGAAAGACAACGCCAAUUGGAGACCAAAUUUAAUGAAAUACUCAACGAAAAAGGCAUCGAAGAUGUCGCAGAAAUUCUCCGACUAGCUUUACUCAAAUGCGAAGAUAUCAUCGCCGGUUGCAUCUUGUCGCCAGCCGUUCACGUCGACGGUUUCGAAUGCUGCGCUAAAUUUUUCCCGUUGGGUAGUUUCGUCUCACCGACUGGCGCUUGCGUCACUACGUUCUCCGCUCCACCUAUUAUCCAGCGCAUACCUACAUUGGGAUUCGGUUUGGUUGUACUCGUUAAGGACUUGCGAGUUACGCGCGCAUUGGAUAAUUCCAUCAUCAAUCCGAUUAUGGCUAAUCAGAAAGGAGUGACAUUUUCAGUCACCGACAAGUGGACGGAUCCCAUGGUGGCCUUGCUCAGGGAGCGUCAUUACACUCGCAUCGGACUAUGGACUUCCGUAGCCAUUUCCAGAACAACCAUCAACGAUGAGGAAAUUAUGCACUCGGUCGUAUCUAGAAAAUUGUGCGCCACUCGAGACGGGCAAAACACUUUCCUACAUUUGGUGCCGGCGUUUAAAAAUUACACGCUAGACAAUUGCGUUUAUGCUGCACGUCAAAAGCGCAUUACUGAAAUCAUCAAUUGCUAUAUUAUAACACUGCCCUACAAAGGUAAUCUGCCGCCAUGCCGCCCACAGCAAAUGUUAAACCUCGCGCUCCGGUUUUUUAGCGCUUUCGGAGAAUUGACUGAUCCGAUGUUUGGAGCCGCUAAGGAUUGCGUUACCGAGUGCUGGAGAGAAAAAUAUGAUGUUUCUGCCAGCUACGCCGAUUUGCAAUGGGCGGCUAAUUUCCGAUUCGGCAACUGGACCAUAUCGCCUAAUCAAAGCAAUCAAUUAGCUGCGCUAAAUUUCUUCUACCCGACCUUCACCCAAAAUUUGUUGGUCAAUCAUUACCCAACUAUCAACCAAGGCCUUGGCAUUUUGGGUGGCAAUUUGGGCCUUUUUCUCGGUGCCAGUAUGGUGACGCUGAUUGAACUGAUUGUGUUCUGCUUCAGCUGCUGUUGCCGAACCAAGACAUUCAAAUGAAGAAGGAAAAUGAAAUUGAAUGGAACGAAAUAGUUUAUUGGACAAAAAAUUUCAAAUAAUGUCUGGAAAAAAAGAGAAAGA